CAGUUAGGAAAACCAAGGAGCUGUGUUUCCUCUCUAACUGUGCAGCAUCAGAGCGUCACCAACAGAAGAUACACCUGCCAGUUUGUUGAAGGAAACAGCAUAAAGGUAGAAGCUCACUACCCAGCUGGGUUUAAAGGUAUCAGAGUCCAUAUCUACCACAGAGCUGGAGAUGAUGCUGUUUUACCCUGUAAAAGACCUUCAUCAUCCUCUUCCUCAUGCUCCACUGUUAACUGGCUUUAUAGGAGAAAAGAAGACAUGAAUCCUCAGCAGGAAGUUCAGAGAGGAAUCGUUGUUCAGAGUUCAUCUAAAGCUGCCAGGCUGAGUGUGGACAAUAACUGCUCUCUGAUCAUCAACAGCAUCACUGCUGAGGAUGCUGGAGGUUACAGAUGUCAGAUUCAGGAUGGAGGCAGCUCUGAUCCAGAUGUGUAUCUAAAUCUGAUGAGCAUCUCUCCAGUAGAAGCUGAUCCAACAGGGAAUAAUAUCACAUUACUCUGUUCUCUGCUCAGAUACAGCUCAUUGGGUUCUUGUCCAGAGAACAGCCUCCUCUGGGUGGAUGAGACAGGAACUGGUCUGACUGGUGAAGGUGUUGGGUACCAGCUUAGACAGACUGGCUGUGAUUCUUAUCUCACUGGGAAGCUUCAGAGCAGCAGCAGCAGAAGAUACACCUGCCAGUUUGUUGAUGGAAACACAGUGAAGAUAGAAGCUCACUACCAGCUGGAAGAUCUUCCCAAAAACACCAACAUCAUCAUCCUCCUUGGAGCAGUGAUCGGCGUUCUGCUUCUGCUGGUUGUUCUGGCUGCUGUUUUCAUCAAACGCAGGAAAACCAGAGUUAAAGAGGAACAUAAAACCACAGCAGAGGAUCAAGAUUCAGCCCAUGGAAGUCAUCAGUGUGUGAGUAUUGAUACAAUCCAAUUAGUUUCCCAUAGAGUUAACAGACUGUGA